AUGACAACGGAUUUGCUUUCGUUUUAUCCAACCGAGUCUCUAGUCCUCCCAACGAAGCGCCGCUUCUUCCCCUUCAAGAUUCCAAACUUCCACCAACAACUCCGCAACUAUAUAAGCACCGCCGACCCAGAUCGGAUUUACGUCGUCGCCCACAAGUUCGUCUAUUCCAUUCAUAUCUCAACACAGAAGCGGGAGACAAUCGCUGUUAUUCCCUUCGAUCCAAAAUGCCUAGCUGCAGGUCACGGCUGGGUCGCCGUUGGGGGAUCAGACAAUGGUGAAUGUGCCUUCAUCAGGCUACCUGAUUGCAGCCCAGAUAUCGACGGCAGUGCACCGGCUGCCCAGCCUACCGACGUUGAUAGCGCCCUUCCAAUCGGUUUUGAAGCCUCAGCAAGGAUAUUGUCACCUAGGGUCCGUGGUGAUGAGGUGAGGUCAGUCAGAGAUACUAGCAGGAGGCAAGUACCCGACGUGCAGCUGCAAACGUUCGGAGGCAGCAUUGUGAACUCAGUGACAAUUCAUCGUUUUCCUGGCGGUGAAAAAGACCUAUCAUAUGAAGAUGUGGCAAUUCUCAGUAACAACGACAAAACUGUUACAGUAUACUCUCUGACCAGGUCGAAGGUUCUCAAAGUCCUCCAUCACCCGGCUUGCAUGAAUUAUGCGAUCAUCUCGCCUGAUUCGAGUCUUCUCGCGGCUUGCGGCGAUGAGCAUCGUGUGUAUUUCUACGAGAUUAGCCGCGACCUCGAAUCCGUUGUCACAACAGACACUGGCGACAAGCUCAGUGGGUGGAUUUGGGAAUUGAUUCGCUGCGUAGAAAUGGAUAUUGGAACGCGACUUGAUGAUCGCUGCUGCUUCACUAUUGCGUUCUCCCAGUUCAGCCGUUUAUGCGCUAUCGGUUCCCAGUCUGGGGUGAUCACCAUCUUCGAUGUGAGAACAAUACAUGAUGUCAUAAAUGAACCCUACGGACAGGGUACGAUCAUUUCCCAAUUCAAUUCAUCGAGAGCAUGCUGCAACGGUGGCGCUGUGCGCUGCAUGGCAUUCGCUCCGGAGCCCUGGGAUCUUCUGGUAUGGCUUGAAGAUAAGGGCCGGGCGGGGAUAGCGGAUGUACGCCAGGCCUUCAUUCGUCGUCAGAUUAUCCAAUUGGACAUGAAUGAGCCUGGAACUGAGGAGGUUCUCACAGAACCGAUUAUCGAUGAUUCUGAUUCCGAUCUCGAAAUCGAUGGAACGCAGCGAGAGGUAUUGGAUCCAGUCGAAGGGAUAUUAAACGACCAAGCUGGGGAAGAUUUUGGAAACCCGCUUCUGAGUGAGAAUUUUUUGCAGAACCUCACUGAAAGAGAAAGGCUGAUCGUAGAGCAUCUGAACACAGCACGAUGGACGUCCAGGUCUGGUGAAAGUCGCCCCGAACGGCGAGCCAGAGCUUACCCUCAUCCUCCCACCGGACCUCGUCAACAGGUUCAAGGUUCCACAGAUGGUGCCAAUCGAGCUUCUCGUCCUACCUCCCCUCUGCGACCUGGCGAGGCGCUUGGCGAUCUGUUACAGGAAGAAAAUUCCCUCCACGCAGAGGCAAAUGAGCGCAGACAAGGUGCAAUGCGCCCGACUACGAAUAUACCAACGUACAAUCACACUGAAACUAGUAGCCGACCACUAGAAACGGGUCCGUCGAACAUUGAUCCGCAGCCCAGUAUUACACUUAGCUGGACUGCGUCGCCGUCCGAGCUCUAUUCGGCUAUAUCUGGGGAGCCUUCGCACCCCGCAGGCACAAGCUCACGCGAUCCUGAUAGUUCUGGUAGCGAUAUAGGUUCCGCCAAUCGGCCUUCCGGGAUUUUAACCCGCCCUUCCGCCCAUUUUGACUAUUCAUCUACUGAGGAAAUAUUAUCUCGAUACCGAGACCAUGGCCGCGCUAAUUCGGGCCGUAGCAGGCUUGAGCAACAGGACGGCGUAGCUGAAGCCCGUCAUGAUACAUCUCGUCUUUCAACGACCGGCUUUAGAGCAAGUGUUGCUGUAGAGCGACUCCGACGGCAGCAACUCAACUUGAAUGAAACACGCAGUCGAAGCAACCAACAAGGAAGGCGAUAUUUUGAUCAGCUUGUGGCGCCUCAACAAAACCGCCAUCCUCGUUGGGUACGUAAUGUUCUGAACGGUCUGCCAGAACGAAGCAUUAGUCUCAGGCAUCGGGAUCAAGAACCCGGCGGUACGGCUGGGAUCGGCUGGGGUGCAGAUGGCAGAACACUAUAUGUUGCAACUGUGGAUGGUAUCUUUGAAUUUCUGGUCAACAUGGCCGAUCGAAAGACAUUCCCCAAUGUCAAUUACAGGUAA